CUCAUCACCACCUCUUUAACUCUUUCAUUAUUUCCCUCAAUUUUCUCUUCAAAUUUUUAGAUCCAAAUUCUCUCCAUCUUAUUAUCAACUCUUCAUUCAUAAUUUUGAUCAAUUGAAGCUGCUGCAUAUCACUGAUUAAUUAUAAAAGUGCUUUGAUUACGUAAUCUCCUGCUUCAUCCAUGAAUCCAAGAAGGGAAUAUAGAGGCUCUAGAGUUAAUGCUUUUGAUGGCAUUGAAGAGGGAGGUAUUAGGGCCUCACCCUCGUAUUCCUCUCAUGAAAUUGAUGAACACGACAAUGAUAGAGCACUUGAUGGGUUGCAAGAUAGAGUUAACCUUCUGAAGAGAUUGAGUGGUGACGUACAUGAAGAAGUUGAUGCUCAUAACCGGAUGCUGGAUAGAAUGGGCAAUGAAAUGGAUGCAUCACGAGGAUUCUUGUCAGGAACCAUGGAUCGAUUUAAGCAGGCAUUCGAGACCAAAUCAAGCAGACGGAUGCUCACUCUUGUGGCCUCAUUCGUGGUUCUUUUCCUUAUUGUCUACUAUCUUACUAGAUAAUCCGAAUAACUAUGAUUGUUUCAAUUCCUGGACUUGUAUCUGAAGUGGGUCGCUACCUGAAAUGUUUUCUUUCUCGGUUGCUGUUUUCUCUGUAAGAAAUUGGUACAUCAUGUUGUAUAAUAUUUACAAAGCCAUGAGAAGGGUUUCAGAACUA